CCCUCCCCGCCAUCGCCCCGGGAGCGGCGGGCGGCCCGGCUGAGCGUCUACAAGAGCAGCAGAUGCCGGAUGGAAACCUGCUUUGACUUCUCCAGGUGUGAGCAGAAUGGCUUCAAAGUCUUCGCCUACCCCCGGGAGAGGGACGAGCCCCUCUCAGAGAGUUAUGACAAAAUCCUCACCUCCAUCGAACGCUCUCGCUACUACACCCCGGACCCCCAGGAAGCCUGCCUCUUCAUCCUCAGCAUCGACACGCUGGACCGUGACCACCUCUCUGGUCAAUACGUCCGUCACGUUGAUGAGAAAAUCCGUAGUUUCCCACUCUGGAACGGUGGUCGGAAUCACCUCAUCUUCAACCUCUACUCAGGGACUUGGCCCAAUUACACCGAGGAUCUGGGCUUUGACAUUGGCCAGGCCAUCCUGGCCAAAGCCAGCUUCUACACGGAGAACUUCAGGCCUGGCUUUGAUGUCUCCAUCCCUCUCUUCUCCAAGGACCACCCGCAGCGCGGUGGGGAGAGGGGGUGGCUGUAUCAGGACUCCAUCCCCCCAAAAAAGAAAUAUUUGUUGGUGUUCAAGGGGAAGAGGUACCUGACGGGCAUCGGCUCCGGCACCAGGAACGCCCUGCACCACAUCCACAACGGGAAGGACAUCAUCUCCCUCACCACCUGCAAGCACGGCAAGGACUGGGAGAAGCACAAGGACACGCGCUGCGACAAGGAUAACGUCGACUACGAAAAGUUUGACUACCAGGAGCUGCUGCACAAUUCCACCUUCUGCAUCGUUCCCCGGGGCCGGCGCUUGGGCUCCUUCCGCUUCCUGGAGGCACUGCAGGCUGCCUGCAUCCCGGUGCUGCUCAGUGAUGGUUGGGAGCUGCCCUUCGCCGAGGCCAUUGACUGGGGCAAAGCUGCUGUGCUGGGCAACGAGAGGCUGCUGCUGCAGAUCCCCUCCAUCGUCCGCUGCAUCCCCCCGGAGCGCGUGCUGGCUUUCCAGCAGCAGACCCAGUUCCUGUGGGACGCUUACUUCUCCUCUGUCGACAAGAUCGUGCACACCACGCUGGAGAUCAUCAAGGACCGGCUGUUCCCGCACCGCUCCCGCUUCCUCUGGAACACGCUGCCCGGGGGGCUCCUGGUCCUGCCCGAGUUCUCCACCCACCCCGGGGACUUUCCCUUCUACUACCUGCAGCUCGGCUCCAGCCCCUCUGAGAAGUUCACAGCUUUAAUCCAGGCUGUUUCCCCGGUGGGAUCCCCCUCCCAGCCCAUCCUCAGGCUCAUCCAGGCUGUCUCUGCAUCCCAGUAUUGUGCCCAGAUCCUGGUGCUGUGGAGCUGUGAGAAGCCACCACCACCAAGUGGGAGAUGGCCCCAGACCACCGUGCCUCUGACCAUCAUCCAGGGCAGAGGGAAGCUCAGCGACCGCUUCUUCCCCUACGCGGCCAUCCAGACGGACGCUGUGCUGAGCCUGGAUGAGGACAGCAGCCUCUCCACCAGCGAGGUGGAUUUUGCCUUCGUGGUCUGGCGCAGCUUCCCCGAGCGCAUCGUGGGCUUCCCCGAGCGGAGCCACUUCUGGGACCCCGAGCAGAGGCGCUGGGGUUACACUUCCAAGUGGACCAACGACCUCUCCAUGGUCCUCACCGCCGCUGCCUUCUACCACAGGGACCCGUACCGGCCGGCGGGGCUGCGGGAGCGGGUGGAUGGCCUGGCUGCCUGCGAGGACAUCCUGAUGAACUUCCUGGUGGCCGCCGUCACCAAGCUGCCCCCCAUCAAGGUCACCCAGCGGAAGCAGCACAAGGAGAGCAUGUCCCAGCAGGUGAAGGGCACGGCGGGGGCGGCCGGCGGCCGGCGUUUCUCCCAGCGGCAGGACUGUCUCAACCAGCUGGUGGACUGGUUUGGCUACAUGCCCCUCGUGUCCUCCCAACUGCGCCUCGACCCCGUCCUCUUCAAGGACCAGGUCUCCGUCCUGCGCAAGAAAUACCCACGCUUGGAGAAACCCUGA